AUAAGCUGACCAUGGAUGAAGGGAUAACCAACAGUACUUCUCCAGUGUUGCUUUUGUUCAGCCUUUCCUGGCAGUGGGAGAUGAUGAGAGUGGAGGGCACCAAGUAAAGAGGGACCGCAAAGACGCUCGGAACUGACACACACACACACCCACGCAACCAAAAUAUCCAGCCUUCCAUUCUUCUUGUCCGGGACUGGCUGCGAGGAUGGAUAAAUCUGCACUGCUGCUGUUGUGUUGCUUGGUCGUGUCUUUAUCAGGCUUCCCGCUCUACCCGUCCAUUAGGUUCGUCCAGAGGAACACAUCCAUCCUGAUGACAUCUUCUGUGAAGAAUCCAGCAGAGCAGCUGAAGUACGACACAAGUCCUUCCAGGGAGCGAGCUGAGUUGCGCACCGGACGCCAUGCUGAUGCCAUCUUCACAAACAGUUACAGGAAAGUGCUGGGCCAAAUCUCUGCCAGGAAGUUCCUGCAGAGUAUCAUGGGCAAACGGCUCGGAGAUAAAAGUGUGAGCUACAUGAAACGUCAGUCAGACAUAUACGAAGGGACCUAUAACGAAGAUCUUACAUCCAUCCAGAGCAAUCAGAGAUACAGAGGACUGCAGGGGCACGUCAUGAGGCCCGGACUGCUGAGUUGAGAUGCCAGGUGCUCCUCACCGACAGCACUCUUCGUAAUCAUCGCUGCUUGUAUUCUUACACUUCCUCCAACCAUUUUUUCCACAGAUUGAAAUGAUGUUGUCAUUCUUUUUUUUUUAUUCCCAAUAAAUCUGACGCUCAGCUCAUGGCUGUGGAAUAAAUGACAAUGAGGAACGUCAA